AACCUCGUAGAGCCUGAAGGGUUUCAAGGAGUAAAAUCCUCCUCGUCCUUAUACAACAAGAGGAGGAUCGACGGGCACUCGGGGAAAGGAAAAAUAUUCGAGUGCGUUGGCCGGAUGAUAAUUUAUUGCCCACCACCCCCACCCCCACCCCCCACCCCGAAUUUUGAUCGAGUGGUACAUCGAAGAAAAAAAAAACAAGACUGAAAUACUCGUGUCAUUUAAGCAUUAUAAUUCGCGUCGCGUUAUAAGAAAUUUUAAGAAUUAUUUAAACUGUUUUCUUUUUUUUUUUUUUUUUAUUACGAGUCAUCGAACGAUGAUUUAUCAGUUAAUUUUGAUUUAAACGUCUGUGCUAGAAUAAGAAGAAUGUACGAGGCGAAGAGGAUUGAUAAUUUUCAAACGUCUUCGAGGUUUAAUAAAUUUUUAUUCACGUUGAACGUAUAAUCAAAGCGGGAAAGAACUAGUCGAACUUGUGUUAAUAUUUGUGGAUUUGAAAUGGGGUGAAGAUAUAAAGCACGAUAAUUAUAAGUGAUCGAGUAAGUGUAAUACGUGGAUAAGCGAACUGCGAAGUAAAACAAACGGUCGCGUCGGUGAGCGGGGAGAAAAUUAGACGUUAUUAGACGUUGGUCGGUCGGUCAAUCGGUCAGUGAGAGAGAGAGAGAGAGAGAGAGAGUGAAGGGUGAAAUUGUGAAGUAAUUAUUGAUGUCAGAGUUAAUUAACAGGCGUUAAACACCGUUUUAUUAAUUAUUCGACAAUGUGACAAUGUGGGAGUCGAGGUGACAUCAAAUACUGGGAACCCGCUUAAAUUAGUUCGAUUUCGAUCUUUCGAAACGUCGAACGACCAAGAAGAAAAAUGAUAAAGGAUUGAAUAUAAAACAGCGUUAAUUAUAUCAUUCAAUUAAUUACAUCUCUCCGUAAUAUGUGUAAAAUUUCGUUGCUCGUUAUAUUCUCGGCUGAAGCGAAACGCGUUGAUGAGUACAAUUUGAAAAUUUCGUCUUACCCGAAACUCUUUACUCCGGCAAUUUACGACUAAUCGAGAGAUGAGGAAAGAUCGACGUACGAGGGAAUGCGAUUGACGGAGAGAAAAUAACCGCAUAUUGAUCUAUCUUCCACACGUAUUAGCCAUGUCAACGUCUUGCAAACGUCUCGACGUUGGAUAAAUGUGGGAAAAACUCUCCGCGAGAUUCUUUCUCUUGGAGAAAUUCUUUCUCUCCUUCCCAGUUUCGCUGCCUCGUCGAUGCAGGGACGAGAGUAAGGAGAAAAAAAAUUAUUUCUUUGUUAUUCGUUACAAGCAAAGGCGAGAAAGAUAAAAAUAAAAAGAAGAAAGAAAGCACAAAAUACAAUAAAUUGGUGAAUUGAUAGAAUUUUUUUUCUUUCUCUCUGUCUGUUCUUCCUUUCACUGAUCGUCAGCUCUUGUUCUAAACGUUUCUGCGAUCACCGUCUGCUUCUCAACAUCCCGCAUUUCUUAUCAGACACUCAUUAACCCGAGGCAUGCAAGGUUGGUCUGAAUGCGAAUGAAGCUGCAGCAUACAACUUGACUUUACUAAUUGGCUCGUUUCGUUUUUGACGGAAAGAUCUGAUGACUUGUGAUUUAAAUUUCUCGGCUCAUUGUCAGCUGCCGUUUUGCCUCGUACGCAAGUUGUUUUUACACGUUACACGGUGUAGAAUUUCAUGAACCCUUCUCUCGUCGUGCGAAUUCCCGUAACGAUUAAAACACGUCGCGUCGUAGUUUGUUCGUAAGCAAAAAUAGAAAAGAAAGAAACUACGGAGGUAAUUGAAGCAAGAUAUAUAACGACUGGGAAACGCAUGAGAGAAAUAAUGUUCGUAUCGGAAGAAAGCGAUUUAUUGCACUUUAAAAAACGUUUAAAAUUAUUUCACAUCGAGCCGAGAGUUUGGUGCUCAAAAACGCGGCCGAUCUUCUCAUCCUCGUUAUAAAAUGAGCAAAAGUGUCGAGCUUCUCGCGUCUGGGUCAGAGGAUGGUGAAGUACCCAAUGACUCUACCGGUCCGGAAGACUGCAGAUCUCGGUUGAAUCUUAACGGAAGUCGGCAUCUUUCAAGAAGCGCGACGGAACUUCGUCCGAACAACGGUUCGCCGAUUCAUCAGAGCCACAGUCCCGUUGUUCAUCAGCGUCACCGUCAUCCGGUUUCCGUAGCUCAGAGGACGCAGACAUUUUUCGCAACCCUGAAAAGCCGUUGGUCAAGGAGUCGUAGCAAGGAGCGAAAGAAAUUGAGGGACGCUGGUUAUCAUUUGCAGGACGCCGGUAAAAACGAGUCCGAUUAUGCGGCCGAUUACUCGUCCGAACACAGCCACAGCUCUUCGGCGACUCAAAGCCCGGCCAGGCACUACCACAACACUCCAGAUUCGCCCCUCGCCCGCACCAGCAAGGAUCAUCGAGUAUCUUCGCAGGAUGGAAGUCCUGGAAGAUGCAGCACCGACUCGAGUCGCGUUGGUCGACGUGGAUCUCAGUGCAAUAUGCAAAUCGAGGGAAGGAGUCCGGGGGACGAACGAGGAGUUUAUCAAGGAACCGCGGCCUCCUCGAAUUCCGACGGAACGCCUCUUAUUCAGGCACACGACGAGGCGUCGCGACGCCGCGAACUCGCGCUUCGUCAGCACGCCUUUUUUCAACUCCGUUUGCACCUCAGACGAGGCGAGAAUCUCGUCGCAAUGGAUCGCGGCGGCUCGAGCGAUCCGUACGUGAAGAUCAAAUCCUCCGGUCGUCUUUUGUACAAGUCAAGAACGGUGCAUCGCGAUUUGAACCCGACUUGGGACGAGAGCGUUACUUUACCGAUCGAGGAUCCGUUCCAGCUCCUGACGUUUAAGGUUUUCGACUACGACUGGGGACUUCAGGACGAUUUUAUGGGAUCGGCACAGCUUGAUCUGCGACAAUUGGAACUCGGACACGCCCAGGACGUAAUUUUGGAACUUACGGAUCCAGCGAGACCGACUCAGCACUUGGGGAAUAUUUUUCUGACCGUCACUCUGUGGCCGAGAAAUCAGCAGGACAAGGAACAGUAUUUUCAACGGAACACGCGGCUCGUCGAUGUUAACAGGAAAUUGAAAUCCCAGAUAUGGAGCUCCGUAGUCACCAUCGUUCUGGUAGAGGCGAAAAAUCUGCUUCCAAUGGACAUAGAAGGCCUUUCGGAUCCUUACGUAAAAUUUCGGCUGGGAACAGAGAAGUACAAAUCCAAAGUGGUUCACAAGACGCUGAGUCCCGUUUGGCUCGAGCAAUUCGACCUCCACCUCUACGAGGACGUCGGCUUUGGUCAGGAAUUGGAGGUGACGAUUUGGGACCGCGACAAAUCGCGGGACGACCUGAUGGGACGGGCUGUAAUAAACCUGGCGACUCUGGAGCGGGAGAAGACGCACAGGCUGUGGAGGGACCUCGAGGACGGUGCCGGAAGCGUAUUUUUGCUUUUGACCAUCAGCGGAACGACCGCAAGCGAAACCAUCAGCGACUUGGCCGCUCACGAGGAAACUCCGCAGGAGAAAGCGUUACUUCUUCAGAGGUAUUCCUUGCUCAAGACCUUCCAGAGGCCGCAGGACGUCGGUCAUCUCACGGUCAAGGUUUUCAGAGCUCAAGGACUCGCUGCGGCUGAUCUUGGCGGGAAAAGCGACCCGUUUUGCGUCCUCGAACUGGUCAAUGCUCGGCUCCAAACUCAGACGGAGUACAAAACCUUGGCGCCAAACUGGCAAAAGAUUUUCACAUUCAAUGUCAAGGACAUAAACUCGGUGCUUGAAGUCACGGUUUACGACGAGGACAGGGACCACAAGGUUGAGUUUUUGGGUAAAGUCGCGAUACCCUUGCUGAGGAUACACAACGGCGAGAAACGCUGGUACGCGUUGAAAGACAAAAAGCUGAGGGGUCGGGCCAAGGGAAAUUCACCCCAGAUACUGAUGGAGAUGACCGUGAUUUGGAAUCCCUUAAGAGCCUGCGCGAGGACCCUAAAUCCAAAGGAACGAAAAUACAUGGAACCGGAGGUGAAAUUUAAGCGACAAGUUUUCCUAAGAAACGUUCUCAGGCUCAAAGCCAUCAUCGUUUUCUUCAUCGACAACAGCAAGUACAUCCAGAGCUGUUUCGAGUGGGAAAGCACUCCAAGAAGCGUCAUCGCAUUUGCACUCUUCAUUCUACUGUGUUACUACUUCGAGCCUUACAUGAUCCCGACGGCAGCCUUGUUGGUAUUUCUCAAAUACUACAUCGUGAGUAACAAAGUCGCCCUGGUUACCGGAUGGCCAGCUUAUCAUCCCUCGGGGAAUUCCUUGUCCUCUCACGAUUCGAACGAUCUUGGAAGUGACGAAGCUCCCUCAACUCCCGGAGGCCUGGAUGACGACGACGACGAGGAUGACAAAGACAAGGAGGAGAAAAAAUCGCUCAAAGAGAGGCUUCAGGCGAUCCAGGAGGUCACGCAGACAGUGCAAAACUCCAUCGGCUACAUAGCCAGCCUGGGCGAGAGCAUAAAGAACACGUUCAACUUCACGGUACCUUACCUGAGCUACCUGGCGAUGGUACUCGCCUUCCUUGGCGCCGUGGUACUCUACUUUGUGCCAAUACGUUACCUCAUUAUGGCCUGGGGCGUGAAUAAAUUUUUUAGAAAAAUUCUCAGACCCCACACGGUGCCCAACAACGAGUUGCUCGAUCUUUUAUCGAGGGUGCCUAACGACGAGGAUCUCAUUUCGUACAGAGAGUUGAAACCUGUUCCAACACCCGACUGCGAGCGAAGCGGAGUUGGCGGUGCGGCGGUUCCGACCGGAAGCGGUGCGCCGCGUAAAGAUCAUCAACGACGAAAAAAAACCGCGUAACAAAGUGUUUCCCGGUCUGUUGACUCGUCGGUUGUCGAAUCAGAGGCUCAUCGCGGUAGCGGCAGGCCAUCGAUGACUAGCAGCGUCCUCAAGACCGUAUUAAUGCGUCGCAAGCUUAUCUCGUUGCGGAAUCGCAAGAGCUUAUUAAAAACGGAUGCUGGUAAAAAGGACUGAAAAGCUGCCUCGCAUUUAUCCUUUUACAUUUGUUUCCUGCACAGCCUUUCUUUUCUCAACGAUGUCUGGGAUAAUAAUAUUUAACAAUUUUAAAACUCGCGAAAUAGAAGGAUGAAGGAAAGCAGAUGCGAAGUAAAAUCAUUUGAAAACUUUUAAAUUUUUCUUAUUGUGGGGAUAUUUUUCCCAAUCGUUUAUUUGUUGGGUAAGUUUGGUUUUUUUUUUCUUGUUUAAAUUUUUUUUUCAUUGGAAAAUGGAACGACUAACACCAACACUGUAAUACAGACACACACACAUACACACACAUAUAUAUAUAUAUAUAUAUAUAUAUACACACACGUCAUACCAUAUCGAAACAAAUGACACCUAUAUAAUAGAAUUUAAUGAAAAUUUGACCGAAAGAAAAAACAACAAAAAAUAACAAAUCAACACACCACCUGAAUUUUUAGUAGAAAAAAAAUAUAGAUAGAGAGAAAAAUCUAGGAUAUAUUAGAUAUGCGACGGUUGUUACUAUAGUCGUAAUGUUAAUAAUAAUAAUGAUAAUAGAAUGAUAAUUGACAUAACGCGCCAUUUUAAAUUGCGGGUCAUUUCGUCCAUUGAUGUUUUAGCUAGCAACAAAUCAUUUUUACAAAUACACAAAUAAAUUAAUAUAAAUAUAUUAUAUAAAUAUAUUUAUCGAUAAAAUAUAGAAUUGAAAGAGGAAAAAAAAAAAAAAAAACAAGAAAAGAACGAAAAUACCCAAAAAGAAACGUUUUGAAUUCUUUGGCUUUUCGUCGUCGUCGUUCCGAAAUUGUUUAAAAACUUUUGUAAUUUCGCAAAGGUGCAAAUUAUAUAAUCUAAUUGUAUUGUUGUACGAAAACACGAUAUCUAAAUUUAUUCGAAACGAGUAAACCUGACUGUAAUUUUUUAAUACGCGCACGGAAAUUUUAUAUCGUAUCUCAGCACAUAGCGAGUUAAAUUAAUUAAUUUAAUCACGCUGCACGUGCAAUAAUCGAUUGGUUUUCCUCCGAUCUUUUGUUCGCGUGUUAUUGUUCUAAUAAUUUAAUUUUAUACGUGUUUAAUAUAAAUAAUUGAUAAUUCGUAAAUUUUUUUAAAACGAAACUUUUAUCAGUGAUAAUAAUGUUAACAAUAUUUAGCGAAAAACGCAGACGGUUCAACGUACUGCUGUACACAUAUUAUAUAUGUAUAGAUAUACGUUAUGUAGAUUGAUUUAGAAUACACUUAUUAUACAUACAUAACAAUAUACGACGUUAAUAUGUCAUACUUCCAUUUCUCAAAAUUGUGAAAAAGUUUUUAUCUCGACACGCAAUUAUCAUACACGAUUAACUUAAAUACAAAUCAUCGCGAACUUGUCUCUCUUUCUCUCUCUAGACAUCAGACGUAUACAUUCAUCGUAGAUUAUUAAACUAUAUAAAUUUAAAGUUUAUCGAUUAAACAUUUUACACCGUAUAAUAUGUAUUUCUCAUUUUUUGAUUUUAGCAUUCGCUUGCACUUAUGCGUGAUUUCCGUACCUUUAUAUUAUACUUUUAUUUUAUUUUUUUUUUUUUUUUUAUAUCCUACGACUGAAUUUAGAAUUAUCAUUAUUCAUAGGCCUACAUUUUUAUCAUUACUAUUAUUAUUAUUGAUAUAUAUUAUAUUCCACGCGUGAGUUUUGUAAAGUCUAGUCGUUAGUUUACUUACGCGCGCACACACACACACACACACACACACAAUUUAGAAAACUCUAUCGAAUCUAUUAUAUUUUAAUACACUUAAGAUGAAGUUUUUUCUCUAUUUUUUUAUUUUUCUGCAGUACUUUUAUUCCAUUCUAUUUUCUUUUUCCAUUCAACACUGCAAUAUUGAAUUGUUUGUUUGUUUAUACUGAAUCCUAUAAAAUGCAACAUAUAUAUAUAUAUAUAUAAAUUAUCAAUAUUGCACUCUUCGAUUUCAGAGAAAAACCAAAAGGAAUAAAAAAAAAAAAAAAAAAAUGAAAUAUAUAUUGAAGUAUCAAAUUUCAAUAUCAUAAUAUAUUUAUUGACGUAUAUAUAUAUAUA